CCCAGCGGGGCGGGCUGAGGGCGGCGGGCGAGGGCCUGCGGGGACCGGGCGGCUUCUCGGUCCCGCUGUCGGUGCUAUACUGCGAUAAGAGUCGGGCUGGUGGCGGCUUCGCCCCCUGGGGAGGGUUUGUGCGAGGCCGGUUUGGGCGGGAGGUGAAAUGCGGCCGAACCCGCCCCUCACGGCUGCUGGGGCCGCCAGGAGGGCGGGAGCGUUGAUUCCCCUCCGGUGCGCUGAGGGAAGGGGAUUAUAAUGUCUUUUGCACGAGGGUGGGUGGUAAAUUUUGCCGAAGGACACCCCUGCGCUCACCAGCGAGGGAGGUAAUGAGAUUCGUGUGGUAAAAGUUUCCAAAUUUCAGGUGAUUGAGGCCUGAGCGCUUGGCAGCUGAAGAAGCAGCAGCGCGAAGCUUCUCUGGUGUUUUCUGCUGUGGAUGGUGCUGAACGUCGGCCUCAGACCCACGCCAGGAAAGAAUGGCCAGCAGUCCUGAGGAUAACGCGUCCCUCUCUGUUCAGAAAGUCACACACUCAGAAAGUUCCCAAGCAAAGAAGUCUCAGCAUGCAGAAGAAGCAAUCUUUUACAUGAAUUGCCGAGCAGCUUACCUAACUGUUUUAAAAAGCAGUUUAGAAAAUAUUAAAUCAAAAGAACAACUCAGUUUAGUACUUCAACAGGCUGGAAGAAAUCCAUCUCAGAAGACAGUUAAUAGAUAUUGGACUUCACAAACGACUACACUGAAUUUUGAUGAUUUUUGUACUAUUUUAAAAAAAGAAAAACCAGCUACAAAAACUGAACUGCUUAAAGCAUUCGGAAAAAUAGACACAGAUAACACUGGAUAUAUUUUACAUGAUGAACUUUAUAAAAUUCUUACAACAAGAGGUGAAAAAAUGACUCGGGAUGAAGUCAGUGCCAUUAUUAAACAAGCUGAUUGUAACUGCAGUGGCAAACUUGACUACAACAAGUUUUGUGAAUUAUACAUGACAACCAGUGAGCAGUGCUGCAAGACUGCGCGAGAUAAACUGGAAGUUGACAGUCGAUUGAGGCAACAGCAGUUUGGAAGUCAAGCUGAAACUUCCUCUGAAGGGAUCACAUCGCCGGUGUCAAAACCAUCACCGAGAAUCUCAAGGAAAACUGACCACAAACAAGCACCAACAAAAGGUGACAACAAAACUCCUUCAAGACCCUCUUCAGCUCAGAGUUGCAAAGAAUCCACGUCAGCCACUAUCAGUGUGGGUGCCGGUAGCAGCAGAAACACAAUUGAGCCAGACACAAUGAAGGAAUGGCCAUGUGCACAAUCUAAAGGAUGCUUCUACUUAGAAGACAAUGGUGAAAUUAUUAGCCACAAGUACAAGUUGCACUUACCUCAGAGGUCUACAGUAUGUAUUACCAUCAAGCCCUUAAAUAUUCGUCAAGUAGAAGGAAAACCUUGUCAUUGGUUGUCAGUGGAUACAGUUUUGUAUAUCCUGAAGGAAAAUGAAACCCAGGAAAAUCUACAGCUUGUGAGCUUUACUGAUCAACAAAACAAAGAGACGUUUGGAUGGAGAGGGGAGCUUGGAUCAGGCAUUUACUGGCUACUCCCAUUCACAACAGGUUGUAGGUUGAAGAAGGCAAAAGCACAAAUUACUAGAGAAGCAAAACUGGUGUAUAGAGGUGAAGAUGGAGAACUGGCUCUGACCAAAGAGUUCCGAGCCACUUUAUUGGAUAUAUUUGAAACAAUUGAUUUGGAUGGAAAUGGCCUUCUGAGUUUGGAGGAAUACAAUUUCUUUGAGCUGAGAACUAGUGGUGAGAAAUGUGAUGAGGAAGCGUGGGCUGUAUGUAAGGAGAAUUUUGAUAUGAAGAAGAAUGAACUAACAAGACAAGGAUUUAUGGAUUUGAAUCUCAUGGAAGCCAACGACCGUGAAGGGGAUCCUACUGACCUUUGGGUCACUUUGUUGUCUCUGGGCUACAAUAAAGCUUUAGAAAUGACAGAGGCAUGCCCCUUUGUCAUUGAUAUCUACGCAGAAAAAUGCAAACCCAGAAUUAAAGCCAUGUAUCUAGAGGCAGGGAGCUGGCAACUCAACAGGGCUGUUUGCAAGUCUGUUGUUAAUAAAGGAGAGGCCAAAGUCGUGGAUGGCUGUGAAAACGUAACCGUCUAUACCUACAAAGUGGGCAGGAGAAUCACUUCUGUUAUUGAAAAUAAGUCUGAAAACAAAGUGAUUAUUCAUGUCAACAAUGAGCAGAGUAAGAACUGCCUAAGUAACAGGGGGCUUACUGUUUUUGCUGUAGAAGUGGCACCAAAGUCCACGAUGAUGCUGAAUGUUCAUCAAUUAACGUUAGUGAUAUUUCUCAGCACGUGAUGCCGCUGAACGAGCAGGAAGAAUGGCUUUAUAAUUGUGUGCAUUCCCUCGUACGUUAAACGUUCCGGUUGGAGAGCCAUUUCUCAGUAGCCUUCAGACUAAACCAGGAUUUUUUUGGCAGUUUCUACCCAAUUUAUAGUCUUGUCCUUAAAAAGCUUGCAUAUAUUUAUGCUUCUCAGAGUUUGAUUUGUUAAAGCCAAUGAAUCACAUCAGUACUUACUUCUUGUAUCACACUUCUACUAAUGGCUUUUAAGAAACAUAUAACGAUAACAAAGGGAUGGAAUAACUGUAAGUUUGUGAAAUCCUUUGACAGAAUAUUCAUCACAUUUGUUCUAAUGAAAUAUUUUGGCAUGAAAACACUGAGACAUGGUACAAAUUAGUUCUGUUCAGUAAUAUAGCUGACAGUUGUAAUAUAAUUGUGGUUUGCAAAGGCUAAUUUGUUUUAUAAAGGCUGAUAUGCUCUUCUUUUCUAUAACAUGUAAUGUAGUUUCAUCACGUGCUGGCACUGUUUUGCUGAGGAGAAACUUGCUUUGUUAAAUUGGUCUGAUGGGUUCCUAAUUAAACAUUCUUGUGGUUUUGACAUGAGAAGUCUAAAGGGGUGGGGUUUGUGAUUUUAUUUUGCUACCUGAUAAAGGAUUUGGUUCUUAUGACGAUACUCAUCUUACGCUUGUUCUGAAUAAUUACUGACUGCUUUUAUACUGUUAUAUAAAAUAAAGUCCACCUUUUCAUAUGUGAUAAGGAAAUAA